AUGCCCUCGUCGUCGAUAUUCCCUGACAACGUUCUCGGACACCCCAAACACGCCAAUUCAAAAUUAUCAGAUGCGCCGAAAGGCAAAAAGCCCAAAGCCCGUCCGCCGAGGAGUAUCAGAGACAAAGUUCCAUUCUAUGGCAAAUUACCCAAAUACACGGGGCCAUAUGAAGUCGGCACUAUUGAUCUGGAGGUGCCUGCAAGGGAACCAAAGACGUUCUCCGACAUCAAGCGACAUGGAGUUCACAUUCUCGCGCUGGAAACCAUCUUGAUGACUAUCUACUAUCCCGCUCAUAUCAACUCCGGAGUGGAAAUCAAAACGCCUGCUGCGAAACAGCGAUUUCGGCCAACAUGGCUCAGUCGGCCAAGGGAUUUGACAAGCCGGGGGUACGGAAAGUUCGCCAGUCUUCCGGAAACCUUGACAUUGCUUUGGUUUUUUCUUACCACUUGGUUCACCAAGUUGCCGGCGUACAAAAACGCGAGAAUUGCAGAUCACUGGCCGCAGCAUGGUCGAACAGCCACCCACCAUCGCAAGACCACGCGUGCUAGAGGCGACCCUCCGCAAGGUGGGCCCAACAAGCCCAAAUUCCCUUUGAUCCUGUUCUCGCACGGCCUUGGAGGGACCAGGACGGCGUACUCGUCGGUGUGCGGCGAGUUUGCAAGCCAUGGCUUCGUGGUAGUGGCGUUGGAGCAUCGAGAUGGAAGUGGACCGCGGUCUCUUAUCAAUCACCCCAAAGAUGGUGCUGCAAGUCGGCCGGCUCGGGAAAAGGCUGGCGGCAUUGAACAUCGUCCAGAAGAAUUAAGCAGACCGUACGAUAUCAUUGAUUUUGUCUUUCACAAACACGACAGCCAUGACACCACGCCAGGGCACGAGGUUGACAAAGAACUGCGAAGUGCACAGAUUGAUCUACGGCUUGCUGAGAUCCAUGAAGCGUAUCUGGUCAUGUGCGACAUUUGCAAUGGAAACGGCGCAAAAGUCGCGGCGAGCAAUCUUCGAUAUGAAGGUGCAAUAGGCGCGUCCAAGACAGGUCUCCAGGGUAUUGACUGGUCGUUGUGGGAAGAUCGCUUCUACACGGACGGUGUGACAAUGGUCGGACAUUCAUUCGGCGCCACCACCACGGUAGAAAUGCUUCGGCAGCAAGCGGAGAACCGGUUUCGCUAUGUCACUCAGGGCAUCGUCUAUGAUAUCUGGGGAAUGCCGGUGCAGGCCAAUCCUAGUCAUCACAUCCAGGUGCCACUGCUCGGCAUCAACUCCGAGGCGUUCAUGUAUUGGGCCGACAACUUCAAUGUAGCGCGCAACGUGGCCCAGGAGGCAUUGAACGCCGGAAAGCCAGCAUGGCUUCUUACAGUUCGAGGCACGGUCCAUAUUUCGCAGUCGGACUUUUGCAUCCUCUAUCCGCAUAUUGCCAGUCUUGUCCUGAAAAUGACGGCCGACCCGGUUCGGGCCAUCGACUUGAACCUCGAUGCCUCGUUGGAUUUUCUUUCACGCGUCAUGCCCCAGCACAUAUUACAACCUGAUCAGCCGUUUCUACGUACGCUGUCGCAGGAGAAGAAGCUGUUGGAUCUGCCUGUCAUUCAUGAACAACCGACUGAACAUCGACCUGAUGAGAAGUGGAUGGCAGUAAGACUGAAAAUUCGUCAUGAAGGUUGGAAACGUAUGACGCCGGGAAGUAGGAAACGGUACUGGCAGAAACUGCAAAAGAUGGGGCAAGAAGAGAUAUGGGUUCAUUUGACUCCUGAAUGUGCCGGGGCUGGCAAGUGUAAGACAUGUAAAAGGGAAGCCAGUCGCACAUCUGGUCAUUUGGCUGAAGAGGCUGAAGCUGAGGCUGAAGCUGAAGCAGAGACGGGCGCGGAAUCUGGAGUUGGAGAUGUGUGGGAGAACGUGGAUGCUGACACUCAAUCGUAG